AUGGGAACUAUCGAAGAUGAGUUUUCAAGAAAAACAAGUAUGUCAUCUCGACAAGGAGGUGUGCCUGAGAUGGACGUGGCUAGACAGUGGGCUAGGUGCUGGGAGUAUCGCCAACAGCCUUCCAUCGUUUGUCCUGACAAGGCCCCCCCAAGCAGCCAUGGAUCGACAUUUUACUUAGUCUUGUGUUUCACUGAGUCUGGGGCUGACCUCUCUUGGUUCUUUCGUGGUCCACCGUGUCGUGUUAGACGUGGAGGUCGCAAGAGGCCAGUUCCUAAGGGUAUCGUGUAUGGUAAACGUAAACCCACCAACCAGGGAGUUACUCAGCUCAAAUUCCAGCCCAGUAAAAGAUCUGUUGCUGAGGAACGUGCUGGUUGCAAAUUGGGCGACCUUAGAGUUGUCAAUGAGUUGGAUAUGUUAUAUGAUGAUGAUUGA